GUAGUACACUGGAUACUGUUGUAGAGGUAGAAUUAGAGCCUACAAGGCAGUGUCAUUCUUGUCAGCACUGAAAGAGUUAACGGUAGCGCGUUACAUUGACCCUGACGGAAUAUAUCUGAAUAGGCACGAACAUUCUUGGCAAGAUUUCUUGCUUUUUAAUUUCGCAAUUUUGAAGACAUUAUUUAGACUACGAAAAGAUCAAUGUUGCUCAUUUUAAGAAACGGGGAGAACAUUAUUUGCAAAGCUAAAUGUAGCUUCUAUUUUUAAAGAACUUUUACAACUUAACCAAACCGACUUGGCGACUUCGGUUGGGAGGUGGAUGGGCACACACGCUCCUAUUUAGCUGGCUUCAAAAAUCAAAAUGUCAGAACUUGGAGAUCAGAAGACCCAUCACACGAAAACUUCAUUUGCCCCUUCAGGUGGGAGCGCUGCAGUUUUGGAGCAUCCUUCACCCAAUGAGAAUGGAGGACUGGAGGAUAUCGAUAGGGGGCGACACGGACAUGGAAAACAACUAGAUGGCAGCAGCAGCAGCACUGCGACGGAGAGCCCUUGGCAGAUGCAAGGGGGGCAGCAGGAGGUGUGUCCAGGAUUGGGGGCUGGUAACGCACACCCAAAAUGCCCAGCAGUCACACAGCCUUGCCAGGAGCCCGGGGCAGAUGCAGCGGGAGAGGGUGGGCUUGCGGCAGACGGAAACAGUGGCGAUGGACCGAGCGAAGAGACUCACAGUCAGGUGCAGGGGGAAAGUGUUCCCGAUGGGCGACUGGGAAGGAAGAAACACCGUCGGCGACCCUCUUCGAAGAAGAAGCGUCGCUGGAAGCCUUACUUCAAACUGACGUGGGAGGAGAAGAAAGAGUUUGACGAAAGAGAAACUGCUCGAGCGUCCCGGGUGCGAGAGGAGAUGUUCGCAAAGGGGUUACCCGUUGCCCCUUAUAAUACAACGCAGUUCCUGAUGGAGGAGCACGACCGUGAGGAACCUGACCUGAACACCGAGCUGGGUGGCCGACGUUCCAUCGGUGCCAAUCGCGCAGAAGACACUGCAAGCGAGGAGGACUGCUUAGAAUUUGAAGAGGACGACGAGGAAGGCAGCGGUGGCGGCAGUGACGGCAUCGGGAGGCCCGGGAACGCGGGAGGGGAAUUUCUACAGAGGGAUUUUUCUGAGACCUACGAGAAGUACCAUGUUGAAAGCCUCCAGAACAUGACAAAGCAAGAGUUGGUACGGGAGUACCUGGAGUUGGAGAAGUGCAUGUCCCGCCUUGAGGAGGAGAACAAUCGGUUGCGACUUGCUGAGAAUAGCCAGGACCUGACAUCCGCCGACGCGGUCAGUCCCCCGGACACUUCGCGGCUGAGGGAACUGGAGAAGGAACUUGUGAGACUGAGAGCACAGAAUAGCGAGCUCCGUCUGCAGAAUCAGCUUUGCAAAGAGCGCGGACAAUCCUUCUCCAUGGGGGAGUAAGUUCUCACGGAAACGCGUAACAAAGUAAAUAAACUACAAAGUAACAUUUUGGGCCAGGACAUGAAUAGAUGUUUAAAUUGUUUUUCGAAUUAGGCUGAUAAACCAUUGGACCGCUGGCCCCUUGCAAUAGGUAAUCUCAAUGUAUUUUUCUUUUGCUACUUAAUCAACUUUGAGACUCAUUUCAAGAAUGUCACUAGGCUAUUUAAUGUUUUUAACCAAAUGAAAAAAAAACACUGUACAUUUCUCGUUUUUUCUAUUUUCCAGGUUAAAAUAUUGUGUAUAAAACACAUGAACCGCACUUGGUUCAGAUUGAAUUGUUGUCGAAUGAGGCCCCAUUCGAUUUACCUGACGAGUUACCACAUUUGAAAUUUUGUAAAUAUAGGAAUAUGUACUUUGUUGUUUUUAUUUUGUGUGAUUAAAAACAAUGGUUGUCACA